GCACCAGCCGUGCGCAGCUACAUCGAGCACAAAAUAACUAUUGUGAGGAUAGAUGAUUGAUAACGCAACUGCUAUAGCGCAGGCCAGGAGACGGAAACAUAUGUAAUUGUCUUAUUGUACAGCUGGUUCAGUGCCACUGGGUGCUGCAUGGAUUGUUAUUGCAAUCAGUCCUUCUACACCAGCCACUUCUACCAGCAAUUACAAAUUACUUUAUUCCGGACGGCUUGCUGAGGAGGAAUAUUGCUGCAGAGCUAUUGGGGAAUGCCAUGUGUCGUGGCGCGACAUAAGAAGCGCUUUGUGGUGUGUUUUCCUCCGGGGACAGGUGGUGUUGGGAGGUAGUGGGGGUAUAUGAAAACACAACCCGGAGACAGUUGUCUUAAGGAUGUCACGCUGCCGUACAGGAUAUUUAUUUUUGCCAGAGACAGAUGCGACAGAGAGGAGUAGGCUAGUAGUUUACAAAUUAGGUUAGGAUUGGGUUUGACGAAAACAUCGGAUCUCUCUCUCUCCUCUUCUUACAUACUGGAUAUUAAUCCAGGGGAAAUCAGACUGUAGAGGCAAGAACUGUGUAACCGCCGCGUUCCGGGCGCACCCUUUACGCGACAAUAAGCGAGUCUGUGUUCUACUGCUGCCAUGGUGACCCUGGCCCCACCCUUCUUCCUGCUGUUUUGGCUCCUCCGAUUGGCCAGCGCUGCAUUUCCGGAGGAACCGGGGCCUCUGAACUUUAUACCCACUGAAGUGGUACGGCGGUACCCAGUAUUUCUGGGUCGGCCACAUCGUUCAUCCCUGAGACAGGAGACACUGCAUAUUCAGAGAGUUCUCAAGGUGAACCGGACCCUCUACAUUGGAGCCAGAGAUGACCUUUUCCGCGUGGAGCUGGACAAUGUGGCGGGAGAGGAGAUGUUCUACAGUAAGAAGAGAACAUGGGAGUCCAACAAAAACGACAUCAGGACCUGCAGGAUGAAGGGCAAGCACGAGGACGAGUGUCGGAACUUCAUGAAGGUUUUGCUGAGUCGACAAGGAGGUCUGUUUGUCUGUGGGACCAACGCCUUCAAUCCGCUGUGUGCCAACUAUACUGGAGACACACUGGAGAUGGUGGGAGAGACGGUCAGUGGCAUGGCCCGCUGCCCCUAUGACCCUAAACAUGCCAACGUGGCUCUGUUCGCCGAGGGGAAUCUGUUUACGGCCACUGUGACGGACUUCCUGGCGAUAGAUGCAGUGAUCUACCGUAGCCUGGGGGACAGUCCUGCACUCCGCACUGUCAAACACGACUCCAAAUGGUUCAGAGAGCCCUAUUUUGUCAGUUCAGUGGAAUGGGGUCCUCACAUCUACUUCUUCUUCAGAGAGAUGGCCGUGGAGUUUAACUACCUGGAGAAGGUACGAGACAAACUGGUACAGGUGUCUCGGGUGGCGCGGGUGUGUAAGGCGGACCUGGGUGGUUCUCAGAGGGUGUUGGAGAAGCAGUGGACAUCGUUCCUGAAGGCCAGACUGAACUGCUCCGUCCCUGGAGACUCCCACUUCUACUUCAACCUGCUCCACUCCACCAGCCCUGUCAUCAGGAUGCACGACAGGGACAUCAUCCUGGGAGUCUUCUCCACCCCCACCAACAGUAUCCCUGGUUCAGCAGUGUGUGCCUUCGACAUGGAGCAGCUGGCUGGGGUGUUUGAUGGGAGAUUCAAGGAGCAAAAGUCACCUGAGUCUAUAUGGACCCCUGUUCCUGACGAGCUCAUUCCCAAACCAAGGCCAGGAGGCUGUGCCAUCCAGGGCUCCAGGUUCAACUCAUCCAAUGGUUUCCCUGAUGAGAUGUUGAACUUUGUGAAGACCCACCCCUUGAUGGAUGAGGCUGUGCCCUCACUGGGACAGAGCCCCUGGAUUGUCAGGACCAUGGUCAGGUACCAGCUGAAUAAGAUGGUGAUGGACACAGAGGCUGGCCCCUACCGGAACCGAACGGUGCUCUUCCUGGGCUCCAGCCGGGGGACCAUCCUCAAGUUCCUGAUCGUCCCCAACUGGGACAACACUGUGUCCGGCGGCAAUGUCUUCCUGGAGGAGCUGGAGGGCUUCAACCCUGACAAGUGUGGGGAGGACACUCCGCAGGCAAGGCAUCUGUUGUCCCUGACUCUGGACCGGGUGAGCCGCUCUCUGCUGCUGGCCUUCCCCUCUUGUGUGGUCAGGGUCCCUGUGGCACGAUGCCAGCUCUACUCACGCUGCAUGAAGAACUGCAUCGCCUCCAGGGACCCCUACUGUGGCUGGACCAGGGGAAGCACCUGCUCUUUCCUCAGGCCCGGGACAAGACUGCCGUUUGAGCAAGACGUAGAACAUGGCAACGUGUCCCACUUGGGCGACUGUGACGGUCUUCUUCAGGAGUCUUUCAUUGAUGAACCAGACGGUCUGGUAUCCGUCAACCUGCUGGUCGUGUCUGCAGUCUCAGCCUUCGCCACGGGGGCGGUGCUGUCUGGCCUGGCUGUCUGCUGGAUCAUGAGUCAUCGCCACCGCCACCGCACGCGAGGGGCAGGAGCCAACAAUAGGAGCCGUAAAGGGGACAAAGAGCAGAACAUGCUGGGUCAGGGGCGGAGUGGCUCGGUGAUGAGUGUGACCCGUACCAGUGGCAGCGAGAGGACCCGGUCACAUUCCCAGGCAGACAACCCGUUCGUAACGCCCAACGGCUGGCCUAAAGGAGAGAUAGACCCAGGCCUACCUACUCCAGAACAGACCCCCCUGCAGCAGAAACGGCCUCCACCCAGCAUGAGGCUCCCAGAUGGCGACUGGGACCAAAGCCAGACCUUCCUCACCUCAGUGGGCAUGCCCUGCCCAGCCAACUCAGUCAUCUACCUGAGCUCCAAGUUCCUGCAGGAGAGAGGGGGCAGGCACGAGGACCCAGGGAACGUGGGGCCCCCCAACACGGAGCGAACACGUUACCUGGUCCUGGCCAACCACCGGGAGCCCCACGGAGGACAACCCAGGACCACCCUGAGGAACUCUGCAGGCGAGUACAACUAUCCAGCCACGCCACAGGACUCCCCAGACCGCAGGAGGGUGGUCUCAGCCCCCAGCAACCAGAUGGACUUUGGGGAGCCCCCCCGCUGGACCCAUGAGGGGCUCAACUAUAACAGCAACAACGGAGUGCCCUACCACUCCCAGCGCCCGGGCCUGAUCCGGGCCAACCACCACGGCCUGGCCGACUUCAAUCACCUGAUGGGAAAGAGUGUGGGCGAGCAUACCCAUAGUGGCCAGUGAGAAGAAGAGUGCCAUGAACCCCCCUCUCUGAAACUCAUUUCCCCUCAGCAACUGGAAUACCCCUCAGACUCUCCCAUCCCAAAUCCUGCCCUGUCUGUUCUCUCUCACUGUCAUUCAAUGUUCUGACAUCCCCUGGCGCGUAGCCUGCCUGCCUGACUGACUGACUGACUGAAGAGACUGGGCCACCAGAAUCCAGCAGUUUAGAGAGAGAAAGAAAGAGAGAGAGAUAAAGAGAGGAGGUUAUUCUCCUCAAGGCUACUGCUCUGCUCUCGCCCUGAGAGGUGCACCCCUCUGCUCCAUAAGUGGUUUAACCUGUGGAGCUGGGACUGGACACAAUGAGACCAACCUCAAGGACUAGUAAGGGGUGCAAGGGAAGGGACAUUUUGUGAAAAAGGAAUUUAAAAAACGGACAACCGUUUCACUGAUAAUUUAGCAUUCAGCUUCAGUUGUGAAAGGUCUCCUUCUACUAUCUAGUGCUCUGCAAGUCAUUCAUGUUGUGUGACAUUUUUAUUUCUGCGUUGCUUUUGUGCCAGCAUCCAGGGGACAACCAUGUGUUUGUCCUUGGUUUUCAGGACAACUCUAUCACUCAGCUCUAUCCGUCAGCUUGUGUUUGGUAGGUAUUAGCAAUGCCAGAGAACACUGAAUCGCGCAUUAAAGGAGAGGCUUCCUGUCUUAAUGUGAGCAUACAACACACAGGUGCUUCUUAUAGGAAUAAGCUUGAUAAUGAUGUCAACGAUUAUUCCCAUUGUGUUAACAAUCAUGGAAAAAAUCACACAUUUCUAGUGUUUCUGAAGCUCUAUUAAGUGUUUAUAAAUCAGACAGUGUAAUGAUUAUAUCCCCACCCGAGUCCUCAGGGGGGGGUAAGAAGAUGGUACCUUCCCAUUUGAUAAAAAUAAAAAUAAAUAAAAAUAAUGUGUUUCCUUGGAGAAGUGGAGGGAACAAGGAAAGAGGGCAGAGAAUGGUAUGAGAACUCCCUCCCCCUCCCUCUCUCCUUCUCUGUCUCCCUCUCCCUGGGUCUCUGUGACCUGACCUGAAGCCUAGGCUGCCCGACCUGGCGGAGAGGAGAACACACAGCCCAUGUAGGGGAAUGUGAGCAUGGCUGUGGGAGAUAGCGGGUCCUGGACCCUGCCACUGGGGAGUUCCAUUCAGGCUCCUCUCCCUGACACUGAGUCUCUUUGUGCCCUGGAGCAGGAGGAGAUGGCUACAACAAAUAGCGGUUAAGAGUCAGGGCAGGCAGGACAAACCCAGCUUCCUAGCCCAGCGGAAUAUCAAUGAGGAAAGCAGCACCCCCCUGCUGUCCCUCCAGCCCCUCACAGACACUGGCACCGUUUGGGACUGGGUCUGGGACCAGGCAGGGUGGUGGGCCCACGGAGGGGUCAAUAGGGCUGGGGCUGGCACCAGGCAGGGUGGUGGGCCCACGGAAGGGUCGAUAGGCCUGGGGCUGGGACCAGGCAGGGUGGUGGGCCCACGGAUGGGUCGAUAGGGCUGGGGCUGAGACCAGGCAGGGUGGUGGGCCCACGGAGGGGUCGAUAGGGCUGGGGCUGGGACCAGGCAGGGUGGUGGGCCCACGGAUGGGUCGAUAGGGCUGGGGCUGGGACCAGGCAGGGUGGUGGGCCCACGGAUGGGUCGAUAGGGCUGGGGCUGAGACCAGGCAGGGUGGUGGGCCCACGGAUGGGUCGAUAGGGCUGGGGCUGGGACCAGGCAGGGUGGUGGGCCCACGGAGGGGUCGAUAGGGCUGGGGCUGGGACCAGGCAGGGUGGUGGGCCCAUGGAUGGGUCGAUAGGGCUGGGCCUGUCAGACUGGCAUCAUUCAGACUGCUAUCACUAUAUCCCUGCCUUUCAGCGUCUCCCACUAGAUCUCUGGCCCGGCAGCCAUUGUCAAUCCUCAAACAUUUACAAAUCAGUGUUAACUGCAUCCCCGCACUGGGCGCCAGGCGGCAACAUGCAUGGGAGCGCAUAGACUGGCUUCAUUAGUGGGUCUGUGGGCUGGGAGGAGCAGAGGAGUAGAGCAGGAGAGAGAUGUUCUGAGGCUGGAGGGGCAUAGGAGGAGCAGGGGCUGGGCUUUGUAUGACUGGCAGAGAGUGGGGUUAGAGAAACACAGCAGCACCAGUGCACACAUGUAGAUAUGUACAGGGCUUAAAUACCGAGUUAUGCUGACCUGCAGAGGGAGCAGAUGGCGAGGAAACCUGGCCUGUAUAGAGCCAGAUGUGUGGUGGGCUGAGGAGAGGAGCCAGGCUGGGCGGUGGGUUUGUUUGUCUUAAUGUGAAGGUCUAACCCACUGAGGUAGAAUACUAAAAGAGAUUCAUGGAGUGUAAGCACAUGAUCUAGCUGGGUAGAAAUGCCAACACAUGGCUGGGUUCAGGGAAACAGCUCAACAACUGAACAAGUGUGUGCGUGUGUGUUUGAGUGUGUGUGUCUGUGCGUGUGUGCUUGAGUGUGUGGGUGUUUGUUUCUGUACUUGUAUUACAGUAGUAAUGAGUGUUGCCAUGAAUGAGUAAUGUAGUGGGCUGGGGAGAAGGGUUAUAGCAUUAGCACAGUGCAGACAUUCUUUACAUAUUCCUUACUAUAGACGACCCCUCCUCCUCCUCCGAUCGCCACUGUAGCCCUGAGAGGAGGAUUGGUUGAGAAUGUGGGGCAUUGACGAAGUUUUGACCCCCUGGUGCCCCCUCUCCUCUCUGUCACCCCGCUAGUGGCGUCCCCUAAGUGCAGUGUGUGAUUGAGGCCUGCUCUGCCUGCCCAGCCAGCCGUGCUCCAGCUCCCUCUCUUACACUGUUUCACUAAACAUGCUUGAUUAGGCAAAGUACAUCCCAGCCCCUAAUGGUGUGAUGAGCCACUGAGAAGAUUACUACAGACACAUCGAGAGGGAGACGAUCACCCACUCUCCUCCCCAGAAAUCACCCCUGCAUACAGACACACACUCUCACGCACACACACACACACACAUACACACACAGCACCCUAACCAAAAUCAGGAUGUAAUUUAAUUACGAUCCGCUGUCAUCCCCAGGCCAGGGAGGAGGGAGGCCAGACUUGUGGCUCAGACCCAGAGCCACAUGAUAAUAUGAUUAUCUUAGUCCCCCAUGACAAUAUAUUAAACAAUCUAGGGUUCCCCUUUAUACAAGGCUUCAGGCUUGCACAUAGACGGACACACGCACACACACACACACACACGCACACACGCACACGCACACACACACACGCGCGCACACACACACACACACACACACACACACACACACACACACACACACACACACACACACACACACACACACACACACACGUGUUUCACACACACAAUCAGCCUCUUCUUCUCAACCCCAUGAUGUAUACUCAUGCUGUGUCCCUCUGCUGUUUAGCUGCUACAAUCAAACAGAGGCAGUUUUUAAUGUGUCAACACCAGAAUGAGAAAUCUGGGUAAUUUACUGUGAAGCGCUCCAAAAUCUUUGCUCUUUGAAAAUCAGAUUUUAAAUGUUUUAACCGUUUUUUCAUACAUUAGCAAUCCUCUGAUGCAGUAAAUUGUUUUCUUUGGCAGCCAUUUCUUUCUGCUGGGAGAUUUUUGUUUGGUUCUGUUUGAUAUGUAGCUCACGCAGUGUCGUCGUCGACCCCCCCCCCCUCCCACAUGACCCGAUCUGUGUGUAUAAAUAUCAUGGACUGUGUGUGUGUGCCUGAGGCCAUGCCAUUGUCUGUUGUUGGCUCGUUUUCCUCGGUAACCCAGUGAUUAGCUAAUGGCCCCCGGCCAGAAACUGCCAUGUCGGGAUAGGACACCCUAGAAAGAGCCAAACCAAAUAAGGAGACAUGUAACCCAGUCUGCUGAGGAAUUAACACAGGCAGCAGACAUUUUACUCAUCCAGCGAAACACAUCGAAGGAUAAGCACAAAAACGUUUGCAUUUUUGUAAAGUUGUAGAGAACAUUCUAUUUAGUCCGCACUGAUCAUUCUUGUCAUGUUUUCAUUAUUUUAAUUUUCUUUGUUUCUAUGGUAAUAUUUGUUUGGGUUUUUGGGGAUUUGUUGUAUUGGAUUUUGAUUUGCUCUCUGGUGUGUGAGUUUGAUGAUGAAGAAGAUGAUGAUGAUUAGGAGGAAGAUGAUGAUGAUGAUGAUGAUGAUGAUGAUGAUUAGGAGGAAGAUGAUGGUGAUGACGAUGAUUAGGAGGAAGAUGAUGGUGAUGAUGAUGAUUAGGAGGAAGAUGAUGAUGAUGAUUAGGAGAAAGAUGAUGAUGAUGUUGAUGACGAAGAGGAUGAGGAUAAUGAUGAUUCUGUACUGUGAACAGCAUCUCAGUAUUUGCUCCCACUGAUGCCUGAGUCGUGUCUGAGAGGUGGAGAAGAGGAGAAGAGAAGAGGAGAGGAGGAGAGGAGAGGAGGAGAGGAGAAGAGAGGAGGAGAGGAGCUGGCAAUACAGACUGGCGAUCACGACAAAGUGAACUUUCCCACAAAGAGAACUUUCCCACUCGAGUCUCCUGCUACUGUGACAGUCCUGUGGCUCUCACCAGAGGCUGUCUGUCCCUGUCUGUGACCAGGGACACUAUCAUUAAAAAACACCACGUGUCCCUGUGUGUACAUAAUCUCAAUGCUUAAAUGUAAUUUAAGUGCAGUAGCAGCAUGACACAGCCUCUGUGUGUACAUAUGUAGAGACGUAUGUAGAAUUUGUACAGUACAUGCAAGUGUGUGUGCUUGUGUCCGCAAAUGUCCAUCAGACAAACACAUGCAUGCACCCUCAAGCAACUGCACAAGACACACACACACACACACACACACACACACACACACACACACACACACACACACACACACACACACACACACACACACACACACACACACACACACACACACACACCCUUCAGCAGUUGAAGACCAUUUCUACAUUGUCCUCAGCGCUGCCUGUCACUUAGCAUGGAGACUUUGCUCUCUGUCAACUUUCUUAUUCUAAUAAACCACUCAGACAUUGA